AUGCAUCCAUCUCUGUAUCAGCAGGAUAGUGCUGGGCCUAGUAACAAUCUAAGAGAGAGAUUCAGUAGCCAGUUUAAUGAGAGGAAAGCUGGGAAAGAUGAAUCAUGUGGUCUAGACGGUUUAGAGUUUCAUGCUCAAGUACCUGACUGGUCUGAAAGCGAUUCAUUUAAGUGGUUUGACACUCUGAUCAUGUGGCCAGAACACAACAACAGUAAUCUUCUUACUGAAAGAGAUUCUAUUGGAAAUGCUGAUAGUAAUGAAAUGCUCACAACGCUCGUCUCAGCUAUGGGAGAGUGUGCACUCUCUAUACUUAGAGAGCCGCAGUGUUUUUUGGAUGAGGAUUCACUGCAUGACUUCUGCAUCUCAACACUGAAGGUUUCCCUGGCGUUAAAAUUAUGUAUUAGAACAGUGUGGAAUUGUGUUAGACUCCUCUCUCUCAAGUCUAACUCUUCUGAGGAUUUUGUGUGCGGAAAAGAUUUUGUGACCGAGGCAUGUAGCAAAUCUGCAUACUAUCUGGAUGUUCUCGAACAACAUGGGGAAUGCGAAAUUGAGAAGCUUCUUUCCUUUAUUCUAGAGAACUGGUUUGAAGCUAAAAAACGCAUCACAAGUUUACCCGACCUUACACCAAUAAUACAACAGUGGGUUAAGAUACAACACAGGCGUCAUAAGAGUCCUGAUCUGGCUGACUCAUGUAGACUGUUCUACUCCUUCCUGUCAUCUUCUCAGAAGAUUUCGAAAAUAGUGACUGGAAAUAUCUUGGAGCAGGAGAUUCUUGCUUAUGAGGAGUUCGUUCCUGAGUGCUCAAGAUUAUGUCGUGCAAAUCAGUUAGAAAUUGCUGAUAUCCUUUUGAAAGAUGUUUUCGUCACAAAAGAUCUAUUGUUGGAGAGAGCAAAAGUUUUAACGUGGAAAGCAAGGAUGCUAAGAACUACUGGACCCGAACAUUUAAAAGAGUGUGUUAAGCAUUUAUCAAAAGCUAUAUUUACCUUGGAACCCAUAUUUAAUGAGAGCCAUGAGGCUUUGUGUUGUUUCCAACUAAUUAUUGUAUAUUUAUUAAGAGCGUUAUGCGUCCAAGAAACUGAACCAGAGUCCAAGCAAGUUUUCGAAGACAUUAACACCUCUUUGAAACUAUGGGUAUGGAUUCAGUCUAGUGACAUUAUUCCUCUGGAAAAUGUGAUUCCUCUACUGUUGAACGUAAUUGAUUUGGUCUCAAUAAAGGGUUGGAUAAAACUCCAUCAAUGCAUAUAUGACUUGAUGUUUAAAAUCUUCAAAUGGAGAAAUGUCAGAUUGGAUGUCUCUUUGGCAAUAUUGUGGGAUUGUAGACGGCUAAGUCAUGCGUUAUGUCUUUCUCCAAUAAAUGAUGCUGUCAUCACGGGAUUAUCAUGCCACUUUGGUGAAAACUCAGACUCAACAGAUUUCUGGAAAAGUUGCUUGGAGUUUUCAAAAGCAAAAUCAGUUGGGCUCGGACUAAGAAUACAUGAAUCAGACAUCAAAAUAGAUGAGAUUAACCACAUAGCUUCCAAACUAGACACAACUUCCAAACUAGUGUCAAGUGAUCCUUGUUUGUCGUCUUUUGUUGCUGCAUCUCUAUAUUAUGAUCUCUGUGAAAAAGAAUUGUCAUGUGGUAAUUUACGCGAGGCUCUCUCUUAUGCUAUGGAAGCAAACCGGAUUCGAAAAUUUUUUCUACAAAAAAUUUGUAGAUUUAAUGUGACACGAUGUACUGAAAACCAUACCAGCGCAGGGAAACAAGUAGAAAUAACGACUUACGUCGUAAAGGAAUUUGAAGUUUCACGUCUAAGAGCUACGGAUUCAUGGCCAUGUGGAACUUUUCUUUGGGAUAAUAGCCGCUGCUACUUAAGCCCUUGGAAUUUGCUCCAAUGUUAUUUAGAAAGUGUUCUUCAGUUAGGUGUUACUUAUGAGCUUAUGGGGGAUAGAGAAAAGGCUGGACCUGUGCUAUCUUGGGGAAAAGCCUUUGCAUGUAUGCAGAGCCUACAACCUUUUGUCAUUGCAUUUUCUCUUGCUUUGGGUAUGAAGUUCUUUUAUUUUUUCUGCAUUUGUCUAUUUUCCUUAGGCCAUGAAAGCCACUUAUUUGUUAUUUUCUGUCCACUAGGGAAUCUCUACAAUAAAAUGCAGUGUUGGGAUCUAGCAGAAAAUGAACUCCAUGAGGCGAAAAAGCUGCUAACAGAUAGUCAAAGAGAUUUUACUUGCGGACACUGCAGGCUGAUGUUAGAAGUUACGUUGGAUAAGCAAUUUGGAGAUUUUUCUCGAAGACAAUUUGAUAACACGACUAGAGUUUGCCAGAUAGUUGAGAAUUUGUAUAGUGCAACCUUACAAAAAAUAUGCUGCCCAGCCUGGAAAGGAUGCAUUAAUCAAACAGCAGAGGUAGAGAAACCAAGAGAGUCUUCGAAAAGGAGGCGUGGAGGAGGUCCUAUAUUUGUACAUGCUUGCGCGAUAGAGAAGCAGCCUAGUUCAAGGUUGACUCGCUCAAUUAGUCGAUCACAUGAAGAACGACCUCAAAACUUUCCUGCUGACAAGUGCAGAUUCAUUGAUGAAUCUGAUAUCUGUGAUGCAAAGGGGUUGAUGCAUGAGACUAAAAACACAAUCUGUGUUUGCAUCAAUAGAAUAAGUCAGCAACACCUCUCUAACGAAGUUACAAGAUCUGGAUUGCUGAAUAAUUUUAUAAGUUUGAAAUGGCAAUUUUACCAAAGGAGGCUUGCGUGCACGGUUCUUGUCAGCCUUGGAAAAAUUUUGGCUAAAUCUGGGAAGGUUCAUCAAGCACAUGGGGCAAUUUUGCAUAGUAUCGCUGCUUUAUAUAACAGUACCGUAUCUAUCCUCAGCUCACCAUUGCUGGAUUUUAUUGGGAAGGAAAUAAAAGGAGAUGUAUUUGGUCUUGAUCGUGCAAGAAUAUUAUACAACUUGUGCAAGUUGAGUCUUCAAACUCACCACUCCAGGUCUGUUUUAUGUGAUUUAUCACAUAUUUCAUUUCAACAGCUGAUUUCAUGGUUAACAUUGGCUUUCGUACUCAGCAGAGAUGCUCCAAUACUAUGUCGUAAGAUUUCAAGGUUGCUUGCUGUGUUAUACUUGGUCUCUUCUGUACGGUCUAAGUUCUCAUUUCCCUGUGAGGGAGAACUUUCAUUAAGUCAUUGGGUUACAUAUUAUCAUCAAGCCUCUCUUGGUGCUAACACCAACUACUACUUCUUGUCAAAAUUUAUCAAAUCAGGACGCAACUCAGAUAAAGAGGCUUCUGAAGAAUUCGACUUUCUCAAGCUUGCUCCCAAAAGCACCGAAGGGCUUGUUAAGUUUGCAAAAAACUUUUUCAAUGGUCUACCAGAAACGACAGCCAUCUGCAUUAGCGUGCUUGGAGGCACACUGUGUAAAUUGUUGCAGGAGUUGAUGAAAGGCCCCCAUGUUUGUGGGUGGCUGCUCUUGUCACGGUUGAGCUCAAAGAGUCAGCAGCCUUUAGCUGUACUUGUGCCAAUUUAUUCUCCACUUGAAGAAGGUAAUUUCUACUAUCCAUUGAGCAAUAAUAAUCUUACCAAUACCACCAAAGCAGGUGGGAUUCGAAAGAUGGGUAAACGAUGGAAGUUUCCAUGGGGUUCCACAGUGGUGGAUGUUGUCGCCCCAUCGUUUAGAUUAAUAUUGGAGAACUACCUUAUUGGUUAUGAGGAUCCUAAGAAGAUGAGGCUGACGAGUGAGGAACUUGAACUUCUAUUUGCUAAAUUGCCAAGAAACCUUGAAGAGUUGUGGUUGGGUCCCUGGAAGCAUCUGCUUUUGGGAGAAUAUUCAAACAGUAAAUUGCAUGAGACAAUGCAAAAGAAGCUGGUUAAGGAGCUCAGGUCCAAAUGUAAGAUGGAAGUAAAUGAGACACUUCUAAAGGUUUUCCUUGGAAAUGACACAGACGUUGAUUCAUGGAUGUGGAUAUCUCAGCUUUGUUCAAAGAAUGGUUGCUACGUAGGAGGUCGUCCAAGUGACUAUAUUGAUGAAGAAGAAAAUGGAACCAGUACUGUAUCUUAUAACGACCUUCAAAGUAGGUACCAGACAGCCCUAAAACUGAUACAGGAAUCAGGAAUGAAGCUAGAGCAUUGUAACGAAGAAAGAGAACCGAUCAUUCUUGUGGUGGAUCGUGAGAUUCAGAUGCUUCCAUGGGAGAAUAUUCCAAUAUUGAGGAAACGAGAAGUAUACCGCAUGCCUUCUGUGGGUAGUAUAUCAGCAGUGCUUAAGAAAAGCUGUUACCGAGAAGAUCCUUCUCCCUUCCCUGUGAUUGAUCCUAGAAAUUCUUAUUAUCUAUUAAAUCUUGAUGGUAAAUGCCAAGAACUGCAAACCGCGCUUGAAGGAUUGUUCGAGACUGAGGGAAUCGAGGGAAAAGCUGGAGCUGGAGCUGGAUCAAAGCUAGUUGAUAAGGAGCUAAAGGAUGCGUUGGAAAAUCAUGAUCUUUUACUCUAUUUUGGGCAUGGUGCUGGAGAACAACAUAUUAAUAUGGAGAAAGUAGCAAGUAUGAGCAACAAAUGUUCUGCAGCUUUUCUUAUGGGAUGCAGCAGCGGUUUGUCAUAUAAAGGAGGCAGAUAUAUACCAAAAAGGCCUUGGUUAUGUUUCCUGCUAGCCGGUUCCCCUGUCAUUGUGGCAACCUUGUGGGAGAUAACAUUUGAUAUUACCAAGUUUGUGAAGGCAAUGUUAGAAAGUUGCUGGAGAGAGAGGAGUGAUGAUGUUAAACCAGAGAGAAUUGGUUUGCUCAUGGCUGAUGCACGUAAUGCCUGCACUCAGAAGUUCUUGACAGGGGCUGCCCUUGUGUGUUAUGGUGUCCCAACUGCUAUCAGAACAAAGAGGAAGAAAAAGACUUGA